GUCCGUAUAGGAGUUAUGCCGAGAAAUAAUCCACGGACAAUCCUGAAGAACCUGAGUCAUAUUUUUGACGUGACUUUCCUGGUCUGUUUUUUUCCACGAUCUAAUUGUACAUAUCAAUGUCUGUCUGUGCUUCUCGUCUCUACUGGUGCGAAACAAGGUUCUAGUUUCAAAGCGUGGUUGUGUCUCACCCACCUAAUAGCACAGAUGCCGAUGUGAAGUUCGUGAUAGCACCUUCUCUGUCUUUCUCCUGCUCGCGAACCCCAGAUUUAACUUGCUCCUCUACAACUUCGUGACCAGUUAUUUACGGUCUCGUAGUGUCUCUUCUUUGAAAGCUAGAUACAACGGUGGAAAGCGAAAAUGGGCAGAUCGAGCAAAGUGGCGUAUGGGAAAUACGGGAAGAGCAUAGUGAAGAAAGGACACAAGAAGCAGACCGGUGGAGGGCUGGUUGCGGCGGACCUGAGUCGCAAUAAGAAAGGUAAAGUGGUGCAGGCCAGCCGCAGCGUAUUUGAAGCAACGCAAGCAGAUGGUCCUCGGCCCGCGUGGCGUUCUUCGCUUCGCAGAUAGGAGCGCGCGCGCCACGCCUCCGUGUGAUCCCCCAGGAAUCUGACGUGCACGCGCAGCGAUGCCCGGAUGCGCUAAGAGCACCUAGCUAGCUCUGUCGUGUGCUCUCCGUUCCGGGAAUAUUGACAAACAUUUUAUGCCAGCGUGCAGCCACUCGCACUGCUUUCUUAUAUAUUUAUUUACAUCAGACUUGUGCGUGCAAAUGUUAGAGCGUGCCAAGCUUCUGCUUUGCGUUGUCUGCCCCAUAACACAUCCUCGCCAAGGAGACGCAGACGCACAUCGCGUCCUGGGCGAAAGCAACAAAACAGGCCAAGCGGGCGCUCGGGCUGACGGGCUUCGUACCAGUGGGAGGCAAAUCGCAGACGGGUCAACAGCUGCUUGCCGAGGUGCGCCGCAUUUACGCCGCGGCGAAGGAAAACGUUCCCGAGUAGGAAGACCCGAGCUAUAACGUUUUCUCCGUAAUUCCUCAGUAUCGACUGAGGGAGUUCGAGGGAAGUACUGUAAGAUCAAACGUUUACAAGAAUUUUGACAUAAGAGACUUGAAUGUGCAAAACUCGGGAACUCUUUAGCAGAACGCUUUUGUCAGCUAAGGAGCAGAGUUUCUUUUGUACGUCUUCUGUUCUUUUGAUACACCAACUUGGGCCAGGAAAGUUUUCCCAGCCACGGUUUCUUUUGUUACUACCUGUGAAGGCAACAGAAAAACCACGACUUACGCUACUCAUGUAUGAUGCACCUAUGGUUUAGCUGUUGUAAGACAGGAGAAACUACACGAAGGAAAUCAAUCUCAAGACGACAACUACAGGUUUGCUACAAUCUUUAGAACAUUUUUUCAAACGGAAACCAUUGGAAACAAACGUACUUGAUACAU